UGGCUUUGCCCUUUCCCUUUCUCCCGGUUCGAAGAUGGCGGCUGAUUCGGUGUCUCUCUUCACAGUGAUCGGGCUCAGCGAGCAGAAGGCGCGGGAGACGCUAAAGAACGAAGCGCUGAGCUCGGUGCUGCGAGACACGGUGCUCCAGGCCCAGGCGAUUUUGGGUCCCUCCAUUGACAAAGUAAUCGGCACCCUCCUAUACAAUGUCGCCACGCGCCUCAAGGAUACGAAAAGACUGGGAUUCCUGGUUGGAUACAUCGCCAGCAAGAAGAUUGCCACAGAUCUGCAGCUCAAUGCUGCCCUGGACUACGUGAAGGCCCACCCCCUGGACCCCAUCGAUGUUGCUGAUUUUGAGAGAGAAUGUGGGGUGGGGAUUUCUGUGACCCCAGAACAGAUAGAAGAAGCUGUUGAAGCCGUUAUCCAGAAAUUCAAAGAUCAGCUGCUGGCAGAGCGAUAUCGUUUUAAUAUGGGCCUGCUGAUGGGGGAAGCGCGGAAUAGACUGAAGUGGGCGGAUGGAAAGAUCAUCAAGAAUGAAGUGGAUAUGCAGGUUUUGCAUUUACUUGGCCCCAAGACAGAAGCCGAUCUAGAGAAGAAACCCAAGGCAAUAAAGCAGAAAGUGGUGGAAACAGAGAAAAAAUGUGAUGCGGUUGUAAACGGUGACGUAAAACUUGAGUCUGCGUCUCUGAUGGAACAGCUAAGAGGGGAGGCAUUGAAAUUCCACAAACCGGGUGAAAAUUACAAGACCGAAGGAUACGUUGUAACGCCUAAAACUAUGGAACUGCUUAAAAAACACCUGGAGAUCACUGGGGGACAGGUGAGGACACGAUUUCCUCCGGAACCCAAUGGCAUCCUGCACAUCGGUCAUGCCAAAGCGAUAAACUUUAACUUCGGGUACGCAAAGGCCAAUGGCGGAAUCUGCUUUCUACGCUACGAUGACACAAACCCAGAGAAAGAGGAGGAGAAGUAUUUUACAGCCAUCAAAGACAUGGUAGAAUGGCUCGGAUACAAGCCCUACGCUGUGACACACGCCUCCGAUAACUUUGACCAGCUGUACGAGUGGGCGGUGGAGCUCAUUAAGAGGGGACAUGCCUACGCCUGUCACCAAAAGGUGGAUGAAAUUAAAGGACACAAUCCGCCACCGUCCCCUUGGAGAGACCGACCAGUUGAAGAAUCGUUGCUUCUCUUCCAGGGAAUGAGGAAGGGGAAAUUUGCAGAGGGCGAAGUCACACUGAGGAUGAAGAUAGUAAUGGAGGAUGGGAAGAUGGACCCAGUGGCUUAUCGGAUAAAAUACACCCCUCACCACCGCACAGGAGACAAAUGGUGUAUAUAUCCCACGUACGACUAUACGCACUGCCUCUGUGAUUCCAUAGAACACAUCACUCACUCUCUCUGCACCAAAGAGUUCCAGGCCAGACGGUCGUCGUACUUCUGGCUGUGUAAUGCGCUGGACGUUUACUGCCCUGUGCAGUGGGAAUAUGGACGGCUAAACCUGCACUAUACCGUGGUGUCAAAGAGGAAGAUUAUCAAACUGGUGGAAACUGGAGCAGUCAGGGAUUGGGAUGACCCUCGCCUGUUCACACUGACUGCUCUACGGCGAAGAGGAUUCCCACCCGAAGCCAUUAACAACUUCUGCGCAAGGGUUGGGGUUACGGUUGCUCAGACAACCAUGGAGCCUCACUUGCUGGAAGCCUGCGUCAGAGAGGUUCUGAACGAGACAUCCCCGCGGGUCAUGGCUGUGCUAGAACCUCUGAAAGUCACAAUCGCCAACUUCCCUGGAGAGCAGGCAUGUGAAGUCAAGGUUCCAAAUUUCCCAGCUGACGAGUCUAAAGGUUUUCACACUGUUCCUUUCUCCUCAACGGUGUACAUUGAACAGACAGACUUCAGAGAGGUAAUGGAGAAGGGAUAUAAGCGUCUGACCCCUGACCAGUCUGUAGGCCUCAGACAUGCUGGAUAUGUCAUCUCUGUACAGAACAUUGUAAAGGAUGGAAAUGGGAAAGUGGUGGAGCUGGAGGUCACCUGCAUGAAGUCCGAGGUGGCUGAGAAACCUAAGGCGUUUAUACAUUGGGUGUCUCACCCUCUGGUGUGUGAAGUGCGUCUGUACGACCGACUAUUCUUACACAAGACUCCUGAAGACCCUUCUGAAGUUCCUGGCGGGUUCUUAACGGAUGUAAACCAUAACUCCCUGACCAUAAUCCCAGAUGCCCUUGUAGAUCAAUCUGUAAAGAACAGCAAGCCCCUAGAUAAGUUCCAGUUUGAGAGACUGGGGUAUUUCUCUGUGGAUCCAGACACCACUCAGGAGAAGAUGGUCUUUAAUAGAACAGUCACCCUCAAGGAGGAUCCAGGGAAAGUGUGAAUGUUUCCGCUGUGGAACGACAGCUCUGCUGUAGAAAGACUCUGCACAAUCAACCAGAACAACCGCUUGCCUUAAUUCGGAGGGGAAAGGUUUUAUCCAAAAUCCAGUUGCUUUUAAUUAACAUUAUUCUCGUUGGGAAAGUAAUAAAUAUGCACAUAUGUAA